UUGUUAUGGUGCAAUACAAAGUGCUUCUUCUACACUGCAAACACAGUUGGCGCAUUUGCAGUCCUCGUUGCUUGUGCAUGGUUUACCAACAUCGUAAAUAAGAGAACCAAGAUAAUUUCCUGCUGGGGCGUAUUCGCACCCUACAAGAGUCAUAUGUUCACACCACCUCACCGCACAGCCGAUCUUCUUGCUCGACUGCCAGACCACCUGAGUAUAGUGUCCGACGCCGUUGUUGAAAACCUCCAUUGUAAACUUGUUUUCUUCAGGUACACCAUGGUGUUCUAAUUCGCUGAACCAUGAAUAUACACUUCCUGCUGCGGCCUGCGUCUUGUUAAUGUUAAUCCCCCCUGACAUCCACAAGUUUUGUCUCCAGUAGUUCCUGUCCUUAUAGGAAUUAUGUGCGAACUAGCAUUCUUUGGCGUAGUCCAUCAUGUUCUUUUCAAUGGCGCAAUCGUAAGUCAUUUUCAGCAUCCUAGCUGCCAUCGGGGCGUAUCCUCCUGACCUGUUCUUUGCUUUUCCUUGAGCAACGAGCGUCCGAUACUCGUUGUGUUUGUCCAGGAACGUUUUUCUCACUUCAUCCGACAUUCCUUCCGCGUCCGAGCACAUGGAUGCUCGUGCAGAUGUGGUGAGAAAUGCCUAAAGACAUCCAUUCAGUAA